CGCUAUUAACAAAUUGGUUUUUGGCAAUUGAUUCGAUAAAAUAUUCAUUUAGUUUGUUGGAUUUGAUAAUAGUAAUCAAUUGAUCACAAUGGGUGUCAAAGCCUGUUGCGUUUGUGCAUCUGAAAGUACUAAAUACAAGUGUCCAAAAUGCAAGAAACUUUACUGCUCUGCAAUUUGCUGCAACAAACAUAAAGAAAAAUGUUCUGGUCCCACGGAAUCUGUAGACUACGAAAUUCAUCAGAGUUCGUCAAAUAAAGAGCAGUUGGAGUAUGAUUUUCCCACAGAGGAUACAGUUCCCAUAGAAAAGUUGGAACAACUGCGAUACAGCGAAGGAAUAAAAAAUUGUCUGAGGAAUCCCCAAGUAAGAGACAUCAUAACAUCUGUGCUGCAGAAUGAAAAUCCUACCAAAGCCAUCGCAGAGGCUAUGACAGAACCAGUGUUUGUCGAACUAGCAGAUGAGUGCUUGAAAGUUGUGGAAGUACUGGAUGAUGAUAAACCGUGUUGA